CGCUUGAAGUUUUCGAGUGAAGCUCCAGGAUUCAUAGAAAUGGCCACCGCCCUCGCCUCAUCCCCUGGCCUUCCUCUUCUUCGAUCCCGAUUUCGAUCCCCUUCCUCGCUUCCAACCCUCCACCUCCGCUCGUCUCCUUACCAUCGGAAUCGCCAUCGAUCCUUCUCGGCUUCAGCUUCACCGGACCUCGGGGCCGUUGAUGAAGACCAGAAAACCCCGGCCACGAUUGGAGGAGGAAUGGUCAGUCCGGCGAUGGGCGUGGAGGAGAGCAUCGGGGUGCUCAAGAGCGCCGCUAAGACACGUCGAACCCCGGCCGCCGAAGUGUUAUCGGCUCUCGAUGCAAUCAAGAAGGCGAAGGUCGAUCCUUCAGGGUUCUUCGAGACGCUCGGUGGCACUGAGUCGCCGGGAAGAACAUGGAUGCUUGUCUUCACUGCGGAGGGCAGGUUGAACAAAGGCAGAUAUUUUCCCUUGACCGCAGUGCAACGAUUUGACGCAGCAGGGAAGAGGAUUGAAAAUGGAGUAUAUUUGGGGCCACUUGGAUGUUUAACAUUUGAAGGGAAUUUGUCAUGGAAUAAGAGAAUAUUGGCAUUCAUAUUUGAAAGUAUAAAUAUAAAAAUUGGGCCAUUUGGUCCUUUGAGGGUCAGUCUGGGAAGAGAGGAGAGGGAGCCUAGCACAAAAGACCCUUUCUUUAUCUGGUUCUAUGCGGAUGAAGAGAUUGCUGUGGCUCAGGGCAGGGGUGGUGGCAUUGCAUUCUGGUGCCGGUGUCAACGUGUAGUUUGAUUGUGUGCUUCCUCUUCUUGUUUGACAUCACUUUGAAAGGUCAUCCCCGAGGUCUCCCUCGCUAAAGCUACCAUCCUCAUCAGUGACAUCAGUAGGAGGUCCAUCAGAUGAGUCAUGUUGAGUAGGUUUCAGUUCUUUCAUCUCCCGAAGAACAUCCUUCAUAGAG